UUUUCUUUAACGUAUUACUUUAUAUUAUUACUUAGAAUAAAUCUACCGGUCUUCUGAUGUUAAAUGAUAUAUUUUGUACUAAAGUGUAAUUUACUGUUAUGUAUUAACUAUUUUAUUCCGUAUAACUUAUAUUAUUUUGAAUAAAACAUCAUGAAAACAACUGUUUUAUUCGUCUUCUAUGCCAGUUGUUUUUUCCUACCAACCUGUCUUUCUAUCAAUAGCUAUUUAUCAGAUAGAGACAAAGAACAACUAAAAAAUAUUCUAACAUCUGGAUUAGACUCUUCAAAUGUAUCUGAUAUUUACUAUGCUGUAUCCGGUUUAAAACAACUAGGCUACUCAAUACCUAAUGUUGAGAUUUUGUGUAAGAAAUUGUCAGAUUCAGUCCUUAAAAACAAAGCAUUUGAUAUUUUAUACUUCUCUACAAGCACUUGGAAAUUACUUGAAAAAUGUUCUGGAAGGUUACAAGUUGAUGAAUCGGUUCAAAGUAUUCAUGCCAUGCUGGAAAAAAAAGAUAUUCGAGAUGUUCGAAUGUCAGAUUUGUAUUUUGGUGUUGAUUCUUUAAAUAACCUAAAUUUAAAACCAAAGGACACUACCAAACUAAUUAAUAUAAUUAAAAGAAAAAUGAAACCAGAUGACACUAUAACUGAUUUUGGUUACUCAAUUAACCUACUAGCCAGUCUAGGACCUGAUGGUCGUUUUGCUUAUAAUCGUUUAACUGAUGCAAUCAUGCAAGUUGAUCAAGUAGAUAAAAAAUUUUUGCAAUUUGAAGGAGGUCUAUCUGUAACUGCUCUCGUUUUGAUUGGAAUAUACAAGUUUUGUGAUGCUGUUAAGUGUGAUCCAACAUUUCCUUUACAAAAUGACCAAGUUUUAAUGUUCAGUAAUUAUUUCCUAUCACGAAAGUCUGUACAAACUCUCAAAGGAGCUCAUUAUUUAUUAACAGCCUUAAAAACUUUAUCAAGUAAUAAUUAUCAUUUACCCAUUGCCACUACACUUGUUAAACCUAUGGGAGGACUUGAUGAUACUCAAAAAAUCUUGUCAGUACGAUUUACCAAUCUUCUUGGUGAACCUCUUCCAACAACUCUCUCAGUUGGCGUAGAAUCAGCAAUGCUUAAUAAUAAAGUUGUUAUGUCAAAAAAUAAAUUCAGAAGUACUACUGACAAAACUAUUUAUGAGUUAAACUUCAAUGAACCGGACCUUUCCACUGGAAUUUACAAUUUAGUGAUAAGUGCAAGCCCUGUACAACCUAUCAAGGUACCUCUAAUUGGUCAUACAGCUAUUCCACUUGAAGUAAAAGUAGCAGCUCCAACAUUAGAUAUUGUUGAUUUUAAAGUUGGUACAACAGAUAAUGACCAACAAACUGGACCAACAUUUCAGAACUUGAAAUAUAACGAAAAGUUAAGUACUCCACUCAAAGCUGAUAAUAUGCAAAGAAUUAUUAUACGUUUCUCAGUAAAAGACCCCAUAACUAAAAAGAAUACUCAAGUGCAUCAGGCUUUUAUUAGGUUUACUAAUUUAAAAACUGGAUCUCAAAAUGUAUUUGUUGCAGAAUUAGACUCUCAAAACAACUAUAAACUUGAUAUGGACAUAGGUGUUAAAUCUACAUCUUUCAAACAUUCUUCUGGCCUGUAUACAAUGGAUUUGAUUAUUGGAGAUACAUUAUUAAAAAAUCCUGUUAUAUGGAAAUUCAGUGAUAUAAAAUUAAAAUUUUCAGAUACUGAAACUAAAAUUGUUAAUUCAUUUGAAGAUUUUUAUAAACCCAAAAAACUUAUUUCUCAUACUUUUAGAGAACCAGAAACUAGACCUCCUCAUAUUGUAUCUCUCUUAUUUACAGCUCUAUCACUCACACCUUUAUUGAUCUUAUUUGUUUUGUGGACAAAAUUGGGUGUUAACAUAAAGAAUUUCCCUUUUAGUUUAAGUGCUUUAGGAUUCCAUACAGGAUUAGGCGGCAUAUUCUCUCUAUUUGUCUUAUUUUGGCUAAAACUGAAUAUGUUUGUUACUCUCAAGUAUCUACUUAUUUUAGGAUUAGCCACAUUUUUGUUUGGAAACAGAUUAUUAUCUCACAUUGCCCGUAGAAGAAGCAAACAAAUUUAAGUCAUCUAACCCAGUGAUUAUUUUUUUUUAAAGAAAAAUUGAUGAAUAAUUUAUAUCUUAUUGAAACACUUCAUUCCAUUGUGUUCACUACUUAAUUAACAUUUUAUUGUAAGAUUUUGCACAAUACUUCAGGUUAUUUUUUCUGAAUAACUAUUUGAAUACAAUGUGCAUAUCAGUGAUAUACAAAAAUAAUAUUCAAUUUUAAAUAUUAGUAUAUAAAUAUACAAAUAAAUCUUUUUAUACCUUUAUUUCUGAACAAACUAGAUUUUUCGAAGAAAAAAUGUGUUAUAUUUAUUGGUUACAUUAUUUAUGAUUAAUAAAAUACUUGGUGCAUCCAAUUAAUGUAUAAAUUUCUUUAAUUAUAAGUGAGGAGCAAAAAAUUAGUACAAAAAUCCCAGUAUAUUGGUUCAGAGUCACAAGAUCAGGUAACCCUCAAAGAAUUUUUUGGGUUAUCUUGGUAGUAAUAAAUCAUUAGUUUUGAUUACCAAAAAAACAUGUAAAAUUGUCAUUGCGCUUUUUAUAAUAAAAUUUUCAUCACAAAAUUA